AUGAAUAGUACUUUAACUAUCAGUCAGGAAAUCAGUCAACAGGGUAAUAAGAUACCAACAUAUUUCACACAGGAAGAUGGUAAUUCAUUGAGUGCUUUGCUCGAGGAAUGCGUCUUCAAGCAACAAGCCAAGGAGGUCAAGCAAAUCUUGAUUAGCGAGCGUCUCAUCGAGAGUGGUCGUGUCGAUCCAGAAGUCGACUGGUUCUACUGCAAGCUCGGAAUCGACUCGAACUACUUUGAGUCCACUCCAGCCAUGGUGAUCGCCCGUCACAUCCUCUCGUUAUACGCCGCCAAGAUGGUGUCGCACGCCACCGGCGCCAAGCUCGAAGUCCAACUCCAAUCAAAGACCGAAGGUUCCGCCACCUUCAUUUCGCCAUCCAACCCAGGAAAGCGUGACUCGCCAGCCAUGGCCAUCGAGCAACACAUUGAAUCCCAAUAUUUCGGUGAGGGAUACCAUCAGGAUGCCGGUCAAGACGCACUCUCCCACCUCAAGCAUGUCUCCACCAGUCUCAGCGCAACCUCGCCACACGGAUUCCGUCUCGCCUGUUACCGUACCACCGGAACUGUAUCAAGCGCCAGUCCAGUACACUUGCGUCUCUACUACCUCACCAAGCCAGUCUUCCCAACUCCAGAGUCUGUUUCCGAGUCGGAGACAGACCUCGCCAAGAUUGGUGACGUCAACUUCUUGGCUCGUUCAUCCGAUGCCACUAAGAAGAUCUACCAAGAGGUCAUGAACGAAGUCGUCCACAAAUUGGGACCAGUCAUCAAGCACUACCCAUACCAAACCAACGGUGCCCGUCUCGUCAUCGCUUACCGUCGUGGAUCUACCCACUCCUACUGGUCUGCCAUCUCCGAGCUCUACCAUUACCACAGAAUGUACGCCACCCACAAAUACGUCGAACAAUUCUCAAACGGAAUUGUCAUUUACUCGAUUUACAUACGUCCACUUCAACCUGAAGUCGAUAUCAACUCUCAUAUUUCAAAGAUUGCUGAACAAGCAUCACUUGUUUAUGUAUUACCAAGAACUUCAUUGACUCCAUUGUUCCUUUCACAUCAACUUUCAUUCCCAGAGGUUACUUAUGCCUACGUUGGUUGGAAGUUUGCCUACCAAUUUUUGAAUAGAUACGCCACUGAAUACUCUGCAUUGUCAGCAGCAAUCGGAGACGAUUCAACCAAGCAAGCCAUGUUGGCUCAACUCAAGACUCGUUUGUCAAAGGAUACUUUCACAGAGGGACGUGUCAGAGAUGCCCUCCUCCAAUACCCAGAGUUGGUCAAGUCGUUGUACUCUGACUUUGAGAAGUACCACUUCAAGGGUGCCGCCAAAUACGACCUCAACCACGGUCAAGAAAUCAUCACCCAAAUCAAGCGUACCGUCAACAACGAGUUGGACAGCCAAAUCUUCACCGCCAUCCUUUCUUUCAACCGUCACUUGUUGAAGACCAACUUUUACAAACAAACCAAGACCGCUUUGGUCUUCCGUUUGGACCCAGGAUUCCUCUCGAGCAAAGAGUAUCUCUCCAAGCCAUUCGCCGUCUUCUUUGUUGUCGGUUCCGAAUUCCGUGGAUUCCACAUUCGUUUCCGUGAUAUCGCCCGUGGUGGUAUCCGUAUUAUCCGUUCCCAAAACACCACUCAAUACGACCACAACUCGUCAUCGUUGUUCGACGAAAACUACAAUUUGGCAUCGACUCAACAAUCAAAGAACAAAGACAUUCCAGAGGGUGGUAGUAAGGGUACUAUCUUGUUGAGUGCCGAUCACCAAGGUAAAGCCGAAGUCGCCUUCCGUAAAUACAUUGACGCUCUCCUCGAUCUCUUGCUUCCAAACGAAGAGAUCAUCGACCAUUUCGCACGUGAGGAAAUCCUUUUCUUGGGUCCAGACGAAGGUACUGCCGAUUUCAUGAAUUGGGCAUCGGCACACGCCAAACAACGUGGUGCUCACUUCUGGAAAGCCUUUACCACUGGAAAGUCGCUCUCCAAGGGUGGUAUUCCACACGACCUCUACGGUAUGACCACACGUUCCAUCCAUCAAUACGUCUUGGGUACUCUCGAAAAGAUGGGACUCGACGAAUCUAAAUGCACUAAAUUCCAAACCGGUGGACCAGACGGUGAUUUGGGAUCGAACGAAAUCAAGAUCUCCAAGGACAAGACCAUCGGUAUUGUCGACGGUUCCGGUGUUAUCUUUGAUCCAGAGGGUUUGAAUCGUGAGGAAAUCACUCGUCUCGCUGGAAAGCGUCAAAUGGCCCGUUACUUUGACAAGACCAAGUUGUCAGCCACCGGUUUCUUUGUUGAUGUCGCCGACACCGACGUCAAGUUGCCAAACGGUGAGGUCGUUGAAUCCGGUUUGAUCUUCCGUAACAACUUCCACUUGAAUCCACUGGUCACUGCCGACAUCUUUGUGCCAUGCGGAGGACGUCCAGAAUCGGUCGGUCUCGUCAACGUCGAUAAAUUGUACACUGCCACCGGUGAAUGUCGUUUCCCAAUCAUCGUCGAGGGUGCCAAUCUUUUCUUCACUCAAAAGGCACGUUUGAUGCUCGAAGAGCGUGGAGCCAUCAUCUUCAAGGACGCCUCUGCCAACAAGGGUGGUGUCACCUCUUCGUCACUCGAAGUGCUCUCUGCUCUCGCUCUCACCGACAGCGAGUUUGACCAACACAUGUGCGUCAAGGACGGUGUCAUCCCAGCUUUCUACGAAGCCUACAUCAAGGAUGUCCACCACACCAUCGAGAACAACGCUCGUCUCGAGUUUGAGUGCAUCUGGCGUGAACAUGCCAAGUCCAAGACUCCACGUUCGAUUCUCUCCGAUUUGAUCUCCGACAAGAUCAACUCACUCAACGAUUCCAUCCAAGAUUCACCACUCUGGGACAACCAAGAUCUCAAGAAGAAGAUCAUCUCUGCCGCUUGCCCACCAGAGUUGUUGAAAUUGCUCGGUGUCGACAAGAUCGUCGAACGUGUACCAGUACCCUAUGUUAAAGCCAUUUUCGGUUCCUAUUUGGCCAGUCGUUUCGUUUAUGAAUGUGGUCUCUCCAGUCCAGAGUUUGCUUUCUUCACUUUUAUCACUCGUCUCCUUGGAAAUUAA